AUGUCCAUCCUCCUCACCUACGCCAUCAACGUCUUUAGAACACCGCGCCAGUUUUACGGUUCCGUGAUCAAGCACAAUGACGACCCGACGGAGGCGCUUGUCCGAGCCGAACACGAAAAGGGCCACGUCAGCCCGAAGCGACUCGGCAUGAUGCGGCGGUCAGCCGCUGCGUCCAGUAACCUCCAAGAAUGCGUGCCUGUUUUUAUCGCCGGAGCGAUGGCCGCUUGGGUGGGGGGCGUGGAUCCCUACCGCCAGAAUGUGUACCAUAUCAUCUGGGUCGUAGCGAGAUGGGCCUACAAGGACGCAUAUCUGCGCCAAGCCGGAUUACUUCGCACCGCAUUAUAUUUCAUCUCCAUGUUCGUUAGCAUUGCGCUACUCGUUGAGGGAGGAAACCUCGUUACGGAGAGAUACUCUGCUUAG